UUGCAGAUUAAAAUCGAUGUGCUCAGGUUACGUGUAUUUUCCGGGUCGGAUCAAUUUUACGAAUUUUACAGGGUAACAUGCCUGUGGAAAAUGAUUACAUGUGCAUCAAUUGUGGACACCAUGUUAAAGAACUCUACAGAGAGUACAGUCCUACUGUAUUAAAACUAUCAAGUUGUAAUGCAUGUAAUAUGGUUGUGGACAAAUACAUUGAAUAUGAUCCAAUUAUUAUUAUAAUUGAUUUGGUGUUAUUAAACAGAGAAGCAUACAGACACGUUCUGUUUAAUACAGACUAUACGUUUCAUUGGAAGUUAUUGGUUAUUCUUGAGUUUAUGGAAGCUUAUUGGGAGUUAUCAUUUAAUACAAAAUUGCGCUCGGCUUUAAAUGCAAAAACAAUCCUGCUGGAUAAAUUCUACACAGGGGACUUGGAAUAUUACAGAACAUUAUUUCAAGUGGUUUGCAGCAAUGCAUUCUUUUUUCUUGCUAUUUAUUGUUUUACAUUAUUCAUGGAAUUGAGAUCAACAAGUUGCAACAAACAGCAAUCAUUCAAUGCCCACUUUUUCAAACGACUUUUUAAUCAAGUUAUGAAAUUUAUAACUUUGUCUUCAUUUGGAAUAUUUCUCUUUUUACCUUCGCUUAUUUGGGAGAAGUUCGGUACUGAGGAAUAUCAUUUUUUGUUUGUGAUUAUUUACACUGCCUUGUCACAACUUGUAGCUUAUACUGUAUUCUGUAAAUGUUCCAAAACAUGGUCUAUAUUUGUGAUAUUAUGCGCCUAUGGAAUUAAAAUCAAAGCGUCUUCGCUCUGUAAGUUAAUAUUUGGAUUAUAUAAUUUAUGAACUGUAUUUAUUGUGCAUUUUAUAACUUUGUAUUAUAUUGUUUUGCAUAGUUAUAUGCAAAAUAUAUUUGUGACUGAGAAAGAAAAAUUUGUAAAAUUGACAUACGUGCAUUAAUUCAAUAAAUGUAGGAUAAAACUUUA